CGGGGCCUGUGCCCCGGCCCCCGGGCGGCACCAUGACCGACACCCGGCGGCGGGUGAAGGUUUACACGCUCAACGAGGACCGGCAGUGGGACGAUCGGGGCACCGGGCAUGUGUCGUCCGGCUACGUGGAGCGCCUGAAGGGCAUGUCCCUGCUUGUCAGGGCCGAGAGCGACGGUUCUCUGCUUUUAGAAUCUAAAAUCAAUCCUAACACUGCAUACCAGAAGCAACAGGACACUCUGAUUGUAUGGUCUGAAGCAGAAAAUUAUGACUUGGCCCUUAGCUUUCAAGAAAAAGCUGGAUGUGAUGAGAUUUGGGAGAAAAUAUGUCAGGUUCAAGGAAAGGACCCUUCAGUGGACAUCACUCAGGACCUUGUGGAUGAAUCUGAAGAGGAAAGAUUUGAUGAUAUGUCAUCACCAGGUUUAGAAUUGCCAUCUUGUGAAUUAAAUCGCCUCGAGGAAAUUGCUGAACUUGUGGCAUCAUCUUUACCUUCCCCCCUCCGUCGCGAGAAACUUGCACUAGCACUGGAAAAUGAGGGUUAUAUUAAAAAGCUCUUAGAGCUUUUUCAUGUGUGUGAGGACUUGGAAAAUAUCGAAGGACUGCACCACUUGUAUGAAAUUAUCAAAGGCAUCUUCCUCUUGAAUCGAACUGCUCUUUUUGAGGUUAUGUUCUCUGAAGAAUGCAUAAUGGACGUCAUAGGAUGUUUAGAAUAUGAUCCUGCUUUGUCACAACCACGAAAACACAGGGAGUUUCUAACAAAAACAGCCAAGUUUAAAGAAGUAAUUCCCAUAUCAGAUCCUGAGUUGAAACAAAAAAUUCAUCAGACAUACAGAGUUCAGUAUAUACAAGAUAUGGUUCUCCCGACCCCUUCAGUCUUUGAAGAAAAUAUGUUGUCAACACUUCAUUCUUUUAUCUUUUUUAAUAAGGUAGAAAUUGUUGGUAUGUUACAGGAAGAUGAAAAAUUUCUGACAGAUUUGUUUGCACAACUAACAGAUGAAGCAACAGAUGAGGAAAAACGACAAGAAUUGGUUAACUUUCUGAAAGAAUUUUGUGCAUUUUCUCAGACGCUGCAACCUCAAAACAGAGAUGCUUUUUUCAAGACUUUGUCAAAUAUGGGCAUAUUACCAGCUUUAGAAGUCAUCCUUGGCAUGGAUGAUACACAGGUGCGAAGUGCUGCUACUGAUAUAUUCUCAUACUUGGUUGAAUAUAAUCCAUCCAUGGUACGAGAGUUUGUCAUGCAGGAGGCACAACAGAAUGAUGAUGUAAGUAAGAAGUUAACAGAGCAAAAAAUAACCAGCAAGGAUAUUUUACUCAUCAACCUCAUUAUAGAACACAUGAUAUGUGAUACAGAUCCUGAACUUGGAGGGGCAGUCCAACUUAUGGGCCUGCUUCGAACUUUAGUUGACCCAGAGAACAUGCUAGCCACUGCCAAUAAAACAGAGAAGACUGAAUUUCUGGGUUUCUUCUAUAAGCACUGUAUGCAUGUUCUUACUGCUCCCUUACUAGCAAAUACAACAGAAGACAAACCUAGUAAAGAUGACUUUCAGACUGCGCAGUUACUGGCCCUUGUGUUGGAAUUGUUAACAUUUUGUGUGGAGCACCAUACCUACCACAUAAAGAAUUACAUUAUCAACAAGGAUAUCCUCCGGAGAGUGCUGGUUCUUAUGGCCUCGAAGCAUGCUUUCUUGGCAUUGUGUGCCCUUCGUUUUAAGAGAAAAAUUAUUGGAUUAAAAGAUGAGUUUUAUAACCGCUACAUAAUGAAAAGUUUUUUGUUUGAACCUGUAGUCAAAGCAUUUCUCAACAAUGGAUCCCGCUACAAUCUGAUGAAUUCUGCCAUAAUAGAAAUGUUUGAAUUUAUUAGAGUGGAAGAUAUUAAAUCAUUAACUGCUCACGUAAUUGAAAAUUACUGGAAAGCACUAGAAGACGUAGAUUAUGUACAGACAUUUAAGGGGUUAAAACUGAGAUUCGAACAACAAAGAGAAAGGCAAGACAACCCCAAACUCGACAGCAUGCGCUCCAUCUUAAGGAAUCAUAGAUACCGAAGAGACGCCAGAACCCUGGAAGAUGAAGAAGAGAUGUGGUUUAACACGGAUGAGGAUGAUAUGGAAGACGGGGAACCUGUGGUGUCUCCACCCGACAAAACUAAAAAUGAUGAUGAUAUUAUGGAUCCGAUAAGUAAAUUCAUGGAAAGGAAGAAAUUGAAAGAAAGUGAAGAAAAGGAGGUGCUUUUGAAAACAAAUCUUUCUGGACGGCAGAGCCCAAGUUUCAAGCUUUCUCUGUCCAGUGGGACAAAGACUAACCUCACCAGCCAGUCACCUGCAGCAAACCUGCCUGGUUCUCCAGGGUCCCCAGGGUCCCCAGGGUCUCCAGGCUCUCCUGGAUCCGUCCCUAAGAGCACAUCUCAGACGGCAGCUAUUACCACAAAGGGAGGCCUCGUAGGUCUGGUAGAUUAUCCCGAUGAUGAUGAAGAUGAUGAUGAGGAUGAAGACAAGGAAGAGACGCCGCCAUUGUCAAAGAAAGCAAAAUUUGAGUCAUAAUAAUGGCAACUGCCUGGGAUCAGUACCUGUUGACAAAACUGGUUCUCUACCCCUCCCCCUACAAAAUCCACAGCGGAGCGCAGUGUCCCUCGUGAAGGACUGACACACUCAGCCUCGCACACUUGGCUUCUGCUCAUCAAGUGCCAAUUCGGUGGAGCCGGAGGAGGGGACACCAUGCGUUUAGGGGAAGGACUGAAGCCUCUGAGCUCUCCAGCCUGGACCACACAUUGCCCUUUUCUCAGGGAAGGAAAUGGAAACAAAAAGCCAACAGGGCAGGGAUUUUGUAAGUGGAACUCUGGAUUGACUGGUCAGUUGCUAUAAUCAGAACGUGCUUUCUUGGACUCUGAGAUUCAAAAGGAUGGGCCUUUCCGCCCCAGUUCUUCACUAGUUAAGAAUGCCAGCAGUUUCUUUGUAUAAAGAGACCUGCCUUUAAAACCGUACAUUCUGAACAUUUUAGUCAAGCGACAGCAGAUUUGGAAAAACCUCUGUGGGGGAGGGGCAAAUAUAAAGUUUCCUCUUUUUUAUCUGUUCCCUUUGCCCUUCAAACUGCAGAUUUUUUUUUUAAGGUGGGGAUUUGUCCCUGCUUGAUUAAAGAUUGAGUGGAAUUCUAGAUGUGGUCAUUUGUGUCAUAAUUUUUUUGUUUGUUUGAUUUUGUUUUUGAUUAUUUUUUUCCUCCCCUGAGUGUAUGCUUAGUUGUUGAAUAUUAUAUAUAUUUGGGACCAUUAAAACAUUUUUUGAUGUAAUAUAA